GUCACAUGUCUAGCCUCGCUGAGCUUUGACGUUCACUGUGUCUCGGAGCUGAACACAGGGCAGCAGUGAAAGGUGCACUAUGGGCCGCCUGGAUGGGAAAGUGAUUGUGUUAUCUGCCGCUGCGCAGGGGAUCGGACGUGCUGCAGCAAUCGCCUUCGCGAAGGAGGGCGCUCAGGUCACUGCAACGGACAUAAACGGAGAGAAGCUGAAGGAGCUGGACGGCAUUCAAGGGAUCAAGACCAAAGUGGUGGAUGUGACAAAGAGGGACCAAGUGGAAGCUCUGGCCAAGGAGCAUGACCACGUAGAUGUGCUCUUCAAUGUUGCGGGGUUUGUGCACCAUGGCUCCAUCUUGGACUGUGAAGAGGCUGACUGGGACUUCACAAUGGAUGUGAACAUACGGAGCAUGUACCUCAUGUCCAAAGCUUUCCUGCCCAAGAUGCUGGCAAAGAAGUCAGGAAACAUUAUUAACAUGUCAUCUGUUGCAUCAAGCAUAAAAGGUGUUGUGAACCGAUGCGUCUACAGCACCUCCAAGGCUGCAGUGAUUGGACUCACAAAGUCUAUAGCGGCCGAUUUCAUUGAGCAAGGCAUUCGCUGCAAUUGUGUUUGUCCCGGAACUGUUGAUACUCCAUCACUGAGGGGUCGGAUCCAGGCCCAACCUGAUCCAGAACAGGCUUACAAGGAUUUCAUGGCAAGACAGAAAACUGGCAGAAUGUGCACAGCUGAGGAGGUAGCAUACCUGUGUGUGUACCUGGCCUCAGACGAGUCAGCUUAUGUGACCGGGACAGAGCAAAUCAUUGACGGAGGUUGGAGACUGUGAGGAGACAUGGGGUGACAGCAGGUUUUUGUUGUUGCAAAAUCCCAAAUCAUAGUGGGUGCGAUUUAAUUAUUUCUCCUUUUUGAUUUUGUAAAAAAAAUAAAUAAUAAAAUUGUCCAACUUUUGUAAUCCUAAAAUAUCCACAUCCUGACAACUGUUGACAGAUCUUGUAAUGAAUUGAUUAUACAGCAGCAGCAGUUUGCUUUGAGUAACCCUCCUUUUAAAUAAAGAUAUGCAUUUUGAAUCCUUUA